AUGGCCACCACCACACAAGGACCCGGCAGCGAGCUGUCGCCCAACUUUGCUCCCUUCUUUGGAAUGGCAGGAAUUGCAUCAGCGAUGAUUUUCGGAUGUAUCGGCGCCGCAUAUGGCACUGCGAAGUCAGGAAUCGGAAUCGCUGGCGUGGGAACGUACCGUCCAGAUUUAAUCAUGAAGUCCCUGAUCCCCGUCGUCAUGUCCGGUAUCAUUGCCGUUUACGCUCUGGUCAUCGCCGUCCUCAUCGCUGGAGACAUGGGUCCUCCGCCACAGCAGAAUUACAGCUUGUUCACGGGAUUCAUGCACCUCGCUUCCGGGCUCAGUGUUGGUCUCGCAGGUCUGGCAGCCGGAUACGCCAUCGGUAUUGUUGGUGAUAUGGGCGUGAGGUGCUACAUGCAGCAAAGUAGGAUCUUCGUUGGCAUGGUGCUUAUUCUCAUUUUCGGAGAAGUUUUAGGUCUGUACGGGCUGAUUGUAGGCUUGAUCCUGCACUCGAAGAGUUGA